AUGUAUAGAUUUUUAAGAGAUUACUUUGUUGGAAGGAGUAUUUAUCGUCUUUCAAAGCAUAAGUAUUUGAGACACCCGGAGGAGGAGCCAGAAUAUAUAGUUCCAAGCAAAUACCUUGGAAAAGGUAAAAAAUUUCUGGAUUGUUCUGAAGAAACAAGAAGUGCCAAAAAUGGUCCUAGGACGGGGUUCAAGUAUAUUGGCAUUUAUUUGUCUUGGUAUGAUAGCCAUCCCUGUUUUGUUUCAUUAGAACGGCUAAAUUACGUGCCAGAUCUAAGUAUGCUGGUUAUUAUCUUAUAA